GAUCGCUGGCAGGUUGCUUCUGACAGUCAAAAUGAAGGGACUGGUCUCAUUCAGUAUCUUCCUCUCUCUUCUGAUCUUUGUGACACCAGAACCCCAAGACUUCACCAAGGCCAACAGUGAAGAUGUGGUCACUCUAACAGGGAGCGGAGCCUUGACCUCAAACCCAGGAGUUGAUGUGAAUGAGGAGGAGCUUGUGAAUGGUAAGCAACAAGCUGUGGAUGCUGGACCCACCGUGUAUGCAGACUCAGCAUUUGAUGGUAGUUCAGAUUUGGGAUCAUCCAGACCUACAAAAGAAUCCAGUACGAAGGAAGAGGGUCAAUCACACUUUGACAGUUGUGCAUCAGCAUGUUCAAAGUGUGCUACUGCACAUGACCACGUUGCUAAGGGGGCUGAAGAAGAAGAGGAAUAUCAAAUCAACAAAAAUGAUACUGGAGAACUGGAAGAGUCGCUUGUAAAUGAUGAAAAAAAUCAAAAUCUUGGGUCUGGUAAUACAGAGAAUGAUGAUAAUGUUCUUAUUGAUAAGGACAUCAACAAAUCUCAAGAACUGGGUCUCAAUAGCACAGAAAUAGCUCCAACUGUGGACAGGGGAUCUAUUGAAUCUGUAGAAAAGGCUGUUAAUGAAUCCCAUGGGGAUGAAAAGGCAAAGGUAAUGGAACCAACACAAAAUAGGGUUCUGGAAUCUGACCAUGAUCCUGAAGGAGAAACUGAAAAAUACAAUGACAACAGAAGUCAGCAUUGGCCUGAGGAGGAUGCCAAUGGUGAGUCAGAUCUUAAGGACAGUUCUUCAAAGGAAACAGGUGAGGCAUCAUGUGAAGAAAAGGAAGACGAGACCAAAGAUCUGGAAGAGGGCGCACUGGAUAGUGGGGUGGAAAAUACUGAAAUGGCAAACUCGGAGCAGGAAGCUAAUAUUCAAAAAAGUGAAUCUGAGGAAGAGGAGCAAAACAAUGAGAGAAUUCAGGAUAAGUUGGAUGAUAAUGGAACUACCGAAGAAAAGGUGGAAGGUGCUGAAGGUGGGGACAUUGCAAAAAGAGACAAUGAUAAUGGAUCUGAAGAAGGUGUGGAAAAUUCCCAAAAUUUUGCAAAGGAAGUUAACAAAAUGUAUCAAAAAAUUGAAGGACUCAGUGAAGGAGUCAAGAUUGGCCAGGGUGAGAUUAAUGAGGCAAGCUUUGUUUCUGAUGAAGGAGCAGGUGUCCCCUUCCCAGAAUCUGAUGCAAAAGAAAAGGAAAAGACUCCUGAAUCUAUAGCAAGAAUGGCCAAAAGCAUCAGUGAGAACACCAGGCUGACCUCUGAAGUACAGGAACAGGAGAAGGAUGAUGAAGGAGAUGAGGUAGAGGUGGAGGUAGAGGAGGAGCCUCAGUUGCAGCUCCCUUUCAGAGUUCGAUCUCACAUUGAAAAAACCCUCCGGCUGGAUGAGAAGACCACAUCUGAUGAUUACUCGGGUGUGUUGCAGCGGUUACGAAAGAUAUACCACAAUGCCAUCAGACCCAUGGAGCAAGCAUAUAAAUACAACGAACUGAGGCAACAUGAAAUUACAGCCUAUCCAGGACGCUCCAUGACCUCAUUUCAAGAUGGAGAAAUUGUAUCAAAACCAAUGAUAUUGUUCUUGGGACCAUGGAGUGUUGGAAAAUCCACCAUGGUCAACUACCUCCUGGGACUGGAUGAGAAUAUUUACCAACUGUAUACAGGUGCAGAGCCAACGACAUCAGAAUUUACUGUUCUCAUGCAUGGAAAUAAGGUACGGACUGUGGAAGGAAUCGUCAUGGCUGCUGACAGCGCGCGAUCAUUUUCUCCACUGGAAAAAUUCGGACAGAACUUUUUGGAGAAACUAGUUGGCAUCGAGCUUCCACACAGGCUGCUGGAACGAGUGACUGUUGUAGACACUCCUGGAAUCAUCGAGAACCGUAAACAGCAAGAGAGAGGUUAUCCUUUCAAUGAUGUUUGCCAGUGGUUCAUUGACCGAGCUGAUCUCAUAUUUGUUGUGUUUGAUCCGACCAAGCUGGACGUUGGAUUGGAACUGGAAAUGCUCUUCCGUCAGUUGAAAGGUCGCGAGUCUCAAAUCAGAAUAAUUCUAAACAAGGCUGACAAUAUAGCCACUCAAGAACUAAUGCGAGUCUAUGGAGCUCUCUUCUGGAGCUUGGCACCACUAAUCAAUGUCACUGAACCACCAAGAGUCUACGUUAGCUCUUUCUGGCCCUAUGAGUACCAAUACGAUACAAAUCAAAACCUCUUUUUGAAAGAGGAGGUCUCCCUACUGGAGGAUCUUAACCAAGUCAUUGAGAACAGACUAGAGAAUAAAAUUGCCUUCAUCCGCCAGCAUGCCAUACGUGUGCGCAUUCAUGCCCUGCUUGUGGAUCGAUACUUGCAGACUUUUAAGGACAAAAUGACCUUCUUCAGUGAUCCCGAGCUGGUCUUCAAUGAAAUACUGGAUGAACCUGACAAAUUUUACAUCUUUAAAUCCAUCCUGGCUAAAACAAACGUCAGCAAGUUUGACCUGCCCAAUCCUAGCAUCUAUAAAGAUUUCUUUGGCAUUAAUCCCAUCAAUAGUUUCAAAUUGUUGUCAGCACAAUGUUCGUACAUGGGAGGAUGUCUGCUGGAGAAAAUCGAGCGCAUCAUCGUCCAUGAGCUUCCUGGUUUGCUGGGAGCUAUCUCCGCUGGGAAAAACCCAUCCCCUUCAUCCUGUGACAUCACUGGAUGUGGAGAAACACCAAAGAACCGAUACAGAAAGCCCUGAACAAAGAGCUUGUAAAUUAUUUAUGGGUGGAAUUGCUUAUGUCUUAUGUGUCCAAGAAGCCAUGGUUCAUUAACCCUUUGAGAACUGAACUUUCUGCAUUCAUGCAUCAGUUGUAAACCUUAAGGACAUUUAAAAACUAUCUGUACAUAAGAUACUUUUCAAGAAAUGCCAUUCAAUGAGCAAAGUUACACCAACUUGGUCAUUUUUGAAACAGUUUAGAAAAGUUUGUAAAGGGCUCAGAGGGUUAAUUUAUUUGCUAUGGUGGUAAGUCUCAUGGUGCAUGUUUAGUAUAGAGUUUUGAUGACAUUUCUGCACUGUUUGGAGCAUGUUGACUCCUAGUUCUUGCCGGUGCUAAAAUUUGUUCUUGUAUUUUUCUUAUAUUCCCUCUUCCUUUAGUUAUUCCUUAGCACUUUGAAUUGCUUGUUUUGUCUGAAAUGCAGCUCCACCUUCAUCUAACCCAUCUUGCAGAUAAAUAGUUUCCCAUUCUCCACCAUCCCAUAUUUAGGAAUCACCUUUAAUCUGAUUGGCAAACAAUUCACAAAUCUUGCACAAGAAUGCAUGUAAAAGUUUAUGUUUUUAGUGGUUUUGCAAUCUGGUGAGAAACUCAGACUAAUAUCAUUGCCAAAUCAUUCAGAUUUUCUCAAUAUAAUCUGAAGAAUAAAUUCAGGUCAGUAAAAGGGACAUUGAUUUAAAUCAUUGCAGGUUUCAGGAAGCCUGGUUACAAAAUAUAAAACACAUUGUUUCACAAUCUAUCAAAAAUGUAAUCAUUUCAUAAAACAUACUUUUUCUCUUACUGUUGCCCUAUUUUUUCCUUCAAUUGUCUUUGACAUGACGCUCAAUAUGUAACAGGUACACAAAUGGAUACAUUGUCUAUGAAUUGUUCUGUGAUAUGGGAUUCAUCAGUCACCUUAAACAGCAGUAUUUCAAGGUACACUGUACUAUCCUGUCGGCAUCAUUUGAGCAUGUUGCACUGACAUCUCUGAAACACCUUUCAACAACAUCCCGAGUUGUAAAUUAUUUCAGAUUGGGAUGCAAAAUAACUUGAGAUAUUAAAAAUAAAUGGUGUGCACACCACAUGCAGAAAAGUUGUAGAUUUAUUUAAGAGGACAGCCAAAAUUAAGUUUACUUCGCGAUCAUAUGGACCUUAUUGCUUCUAUUUGUUCUUUGUCUAUCUCUUUUAAACGCCUUCCUUUGAAUUUGGCCCUCUGUUUCUACAGACAUGCAUAAGAAACCUGCACAGAUAACUAAGGCUCUGCACAGAUAACUAUCUUUUUUCUUCCAGUCAAAAUCCCACUCCACCUUCAUGAAAGGUAGACAUUUUUCCAGCAUCUGCAAUUCUUUCUUAAACACACCACCUUCAUUAAAUACAUUUCUAACAGGAUUCUGAAAUCAAUAAUCUGUCAAAUCAGUUCUGCAGAUUACUGAAAUGCAGUAUGGGAAAUAGAACAACAUAUGAGACAAUGUGAAAGAGUGGUCUUUGAUAACCUAUUAAAAUAGAUGCAAGAAGAUAGGAAAUAAUUGUGCAAAAUGAUUGCACAAUAUUUAAAUAUUUUAACUAAAUUAAUAUGUUGUUCCUGUUUCAUUGGAAACUGCAUUGAAGGGAACUAAUCCUCACAUACAUAAACCAUUACUUUUAUCCAAGUGAAUGAAAAUAAUUGACUUAAUUAGUGCCUUAUUUACUUUCAACUAUAUCCCAAAAUACCAAAGAGCAUAGAACACAUAAAGCUGGCCAUUUUAAAUUGUUCAAUUGUAUAUAAAAUUGAAGGGUACAGAUAGGGCACUCAGUGGGAAACCUUUCCCCUAUAUCAGAGUUAGAUAACACUGAGAGGCAUAGGUUUAGAGUAAGGGGGGGGGGGGGGGUGAUUAAGAGGGGAUAUGAGAGGGACCCACUUCACCUAGUGAGUGGUAAGUAUCUGGAAUGCUGUGACUGAGAGUGUGGUUAAAGUGUUUAGAUGGACACUUGAAUUGCUUAAACACAAAGGGCUAUGGACCAAUGCUGUGCAAUGGGAUUAAAAUGAAAUGCCUGUCAGCGUGGACCAAUUGGGCUGAAUAGUCUGUUUCCAUGCUGUACAAUGAAGAUGAUUUCAUGAUUCCAUGAUGAUUUUCCAAGGACUUCAGUAAAUGAUUGGCUCUUUUUGGUAAGCUGACACUAUGUAAUGUAAUUGAUAGAUUUGUGGUUAGCCAUGGCACAAUUGACUGAACUCUCACCUCUGGGGUCCGCAGGUUCUGAGAUUUAUUUCCACUCCAGAAAUUUGAGGUGGACCUUUCAGCAUAGUACUAAACAUGUGGUCUUAGGACUUUGUGGUAACUAACCACGUUCCAUUGGACACCGCCCAUAGUAUUUUCUAUAGAUGAAGAGUGCAAUGUGUGGAAUAUAUGAUGAUCGUGCUCAUGAUAUGUUGAUUCUCGAUGUUGGCAGGAGCUCACCAACGUUUACAUUAUAGCCAUUGGAGUUGUUAGAGAGAGAGAGAGAGGGAUAAACAGAGAGAUUGAUACAGCUAUGGUGUUUGCAACCUGUGAAAGUCUGUGCUUUGGCAACUGUUUAUAAGGUGACCUGGUGUUUUUUGUAUGUCGUGAUUUCCUCACCAUUUGGAGAAUUUCCAAAAUCCAUGCAAUCAAUAUUCCAGUUGAUUGCGUAACUACAUGGCGCUUGCGAGGAGUGUUGACCAUUGGAAACAUUGGGACGUUAUGGAUGUUUCCAAAAGUUUAAUGGAUGGAAAAUUGUUCCAAAGAAAUGUUUAUGAUGCUAGCCCUUUCAUUGAUGCUUUUCGAUUCUGUCUGUUACCUGUCCCUGGAUAAAUAUCAAAAAUUAGAUAAAGUUGAGGCUAAGAAUUUUUUUUCCAAAAUAAACAUACUCACUUGAAUUUGAAAACUACAGGCUUAAUAGGACAGUAGGAAAUAAGCUGAUUGAAUGAAGGACCCUCGUGAUAGCAAAGAGGCAACUGAAUGUAACUAUUUAUGGCUAGUUGUUGGAACCUUCUACUUUUUAGGAUUUAACAUUGGUUGAAGGAUAUUUUUUAUUGGGUUGAACCUGAAUUCAUCUUUUUUAUUUUGUUGCUGCAUUGCAUCAGAGUUAAAGCCUAAAAUUAGAAAGCUUCGAAAUAUCAUACAAUUAAACUCUCCGAAUUUUUGUAUUUCACUCCAGGAGUACAGAAUAAAUCAAAUAUCAGUUUACUUUGAUUUGUAAACUUCAUAGCCCCUGCUAAUAAAGUUAAUUUUCAAGCACC